AUGGCGGCCACUAGGGAGCCCCCGACGCCGUAUCUGUGGUCUGACAUGGCCAUCUCCUUUAGUCUGGCGGACCAGUGGCUCGACUUCGACCACCCGGGCAAGUUUCCGCUGCUCGUGAGCCCCGUGGUCCAAGAGAGUCGGCUCAAAAAGGUGCUUAUCGACUGCGGAAGCAGCAUCAACGUGCUGUUUCCCAAGACCCUGUUGGAGCUAGAUAUCUCCUUCGAUGAUCUCAAGGAGUCGGACAGCCCUUUCUUCGGGAUCAUGCCAGGCGACGGGGAGUACUUGCUGGGACACAUCUCUCUGCUGGUCACCUUUGGCACACCAGAGAAUUUCCGCACUGAGACUCUGCGCUUCGAGGUGGCAACCUUCAACAGCUACAACGCCAUCAUCGGGCGUCCCGGGUUGGCCAAAUUCAUGGCCGUCCCACACUACUCAUACCUGGUCGUGAAGAUGCCAGCCCCACGCGGUGUUAUCUCCAUGAGGGCGGACUUCAAGGGCAUGGCGGACUGCACUCGGAAGGCGCUCCAGACGGCCCUCAAAGCAAGUGCCUCGGCACCUCAACGACGGCUCGUGGCAGACGCAGCUCAGCUCUUGAAAGAUGACUUGACCAUCCCGACUCACGAGUCGGUCCCCAACACGGUGAUCCACGCGGCUGCCCCGACUAAAGAAGUCAGUCUCGACCUCCCCGAUGCAUCCAAGAAGGCCACCAUCAGCGCCAUUCUUUCUCCUAAAUAG